AGCGCUUUCACUUUGUGGUCAUGACAUCAAUGAUUGUUGUAAGGAUCCACGAUGGGCGUUGUAGCCGACGCAUGUGCAUUGGGGGGAGACGUUCAACAUCUCUUACCACGGAAGAAGCGCAGGCACGUCCCAAAAGAUGGGACCACUGCUGACGAGAACUUCCUCAAGAAGGAUGACGCAAUUGGAGAGCUUGGCCCUGCUCUCCUGUUAGCCUGUGAGGCUGGCAACACGAUUGCGGUUCGUUUGUUGCUCCGUGCGCGAAGACGUUUGCUUCGAGGGCAAGAGCCUUGGAUCGAACGAGCACUUCUGUGUGCUGCGCGUCUGGGCUGGAGUGAGAUUUUAGCAGAGCUCCUCGAGUUUUAUCUGCGUGUUGAGCGACCAAGCAAUGCUGUUGGUACUUCUUCAACGUCUGGGGUUUUGACUCGAACCCUGCAUGUUGCGGCUGAGAGGGGGCAUCCCGUUUGUAUAGAGUUGCUCCUUGCGGCUGGUGCGAACACGUCUGGCACAAGCAAAUGUGGGCCAUUUAGCGAAACCGCCUUUCUGGCUGCUGUGCGGUGCAGCCAAGUUCAUUGUUUUUCUAUUCUAUUUGACGCGACCGAUUCGAACGAGCGAGAACGCGAACUCACAUUGGCCUUCGAAAUUGCACUAUGUCAACCACAAAAAUCGAACAGGCUCUCAGCGAAAGGAAAGCUCUUGGAGGAAGACGCGGACUUGCAAACAGUUGUGAAACGGCAGUCGUCAGUGCGACGUGACAAAAAUCGCAGCACAAGGAGUGGCAAACUCAGUCCGGACAGGGUGCGUAAGGGCGAAGGUGGCAGAAGUUCUGUAGAGAUUUCGUCGCCUGAUCCAAGUGAUGAUGUAGCAUGCGGCGUCCAAGAGGGAGUAUGUUGCACCCCUGCAAGUGGACAAACCAUAGCUGCGCUAGCUGCGCUGUUGCACGAAGUUUUACCCACAACUCGAUUUGAAGAUCUGCUUGAUGAGUAUGGUUGGAGUCCACUCCACUUCGCAGCGCACAACUUGCGUUGUCAUCCGGAUGCAAUCUCUGAACUGGUGAUAGAAACUCUGGCGGAUGUAAAUGCCGCUAGCCCUGCCGGCCACACUGCGCUGCACCUUGCCGUGAUUGCGAAUAAUGUACCGGCUGAGCGUGUACUGUUGGAAUUUGGAGCCGAUGUCGUACAGCAAAACGCGUUCGAUGGCAAUACAGUGGCGCACUUGGCUGUACUAUAUGAUCGAAUAGAAAGCUUCGAUAUCAUAUUUCGAUUUUCCGGGAGACUUGCAUCUCAGACGAAAAGUGGUGCAAAAAACGUUUUUCCACUCGUCGCACGCGAAAAAAACAAUUUUAUGCUCGCAAAGUCAGUAAACCUUGCGGGUGAGACGCCACUUCAUAUUCUCUGCAGCAACACGGCAUUAUCUCAUGCGGAGCAUUUUCUAUCAGCACUGCUGGGUGUCUCAACAUCGGAAGAUAGAAAGAAGGAACUUCUGAUGGCACGGACGCGCGGGCGUCAGUGGACACCACUGCAUGUUGCUGCAGCGUCAGGCAAUAUUCGCGCCUUGGAAAUGAUACGGAACAUCAUUCCACACGAUUUCGGACAGCUGCUUACCGGACGCUCAAGGCUAGGCCAGACAUGCCUUCAUGUGGCUUCAGGGUCGGCCUCUUCCGUAUCUACUUCUGAUAGAAACACAACAAUGAAGGUGUUGGCAGAAAAGUCGAUCUCGACAUCCUGUGGAGAUAAUACUGCUACUGAAAAAGGCGUAAAAACUGUCGACGUGUGUCGUUUUGUACUGAGGCAUUCACGUUGGGACACGGUAUUUUUGGAAGAUUCAAAGGGUCAACCCGCGUGUUUUGUCAUGUGUCGGGACCUGGACGUUGUUCGGCUCCUCGUGGAGGAGAAAGAGUUGGUCACAUUGUCGAAGCGCAACAGUUUAGGAUCGAAUUUGGUGCAGCACUGUGUCGUAGAGGGCGCGUCGGAGACACUCCGGUAUCUGUUGGAUCUUCAGUCGCGACGUCGUGAGGCAGGACAAACUGCUUGUCUGCAGGCGUAUCUGAAGAAGCGUGAAAGAGGCGGAGAUAAGUUUACAAAUACUUCUGAAAACGGGUCUGUUACGGGAACUGAGGAGAGUCGAUUAGUAUCGGCGAAUGCUGUCGCUUCUCUUCAGCAGCUUCUGAGGAACAAGUUUUUCAAGAGAGAUGGUGAACACCGGUUGAAGACUUGUGCAACGUGCGGAAAGAGGCACCUACUCUUUCUUCAAGAUCAUGUUGAAAAGAAUGACCCUACGACUUCUAAUUCUGAACAAGGACAAAGAACUCUUGGUGCGUCCUCUUUCUCAUCGAAGCGCAACGAGAUGCCUCCACACGAAAUGGCUCGCGUACUCGGGAAGCAAGACAUUUUCGGACUUUUCUCUGUGCCUAAACGUCCCCGAGUUGUAGCAGUUUUUGGGGCUGAGCGUUCGUUAGUACUUCAUCUGCCACCUGAUGCGGGUCCUGCAGUUCGUACUCUGCAUGUCGCGUGGCGCAUGAGCCGCUCUUCUCCUUGGAACGAAGAGAUCAUGAAAGGAGAUUUGGAAAGCGAUGAAGAUGGUUUCUGGCAUCGAGGAGAAGUUCUGCUACCCCAACCAGCAGACCCUGACUCUACGCCACCGCAUUGCUGCCUCGUCUGCGUCCAGCUUAACGUAAACGUCAUGCAGGCUGCAACGUUGAUGGACACAGUUUUCGUGCGUCUUACAAGCAGUAAUGACGUUGGGAAUAGUGAAAAGACUAUAGUGAGAAUCACGUGGAGCAAAGAAGAGAUUGAAGCUCAAUCGUGUGGCCAUGCGACACUCUGACUUACGUGGCGGAGAAUGCACUGAAGGAUAGACUUUGCAUCGAUCAUAUGUUAGAAUGAUAUUUGAAUAUAAUAAGCAAAGGUAAUUGCAAUUCCAAUGGUCUUCUAGUCAUAAAGGCCGUGAGUUAGUAGUUUUUUGUUCAUCAAAAGUAAUGAACGAGAACCAUUUGGAUUAUGGGAAAGUUUGUCCCAGGUGCAGUGCAGUGUCGAAUCAAUACGAACCACAGAUGUCUCAUCGCAUCUUGCAUAGUCC